CUAAGCCUAUUGCCACCAAACCCAUGAAAGAAACCCCAAAAGCCACCACCACAAAACCAAGGUCGAAAGCUCCGGCAAAACGCCCCAAUGAGAUGGAGGAGUCUCUGAAAGACUCAAAACGGGCGAAGAAGAAGGAAACGGGCACGGAUCCGGGUGAUGAAGAUCAGAAGAAGCCGGGAGAGCACAAUCGACAAUCUUAUGAGUUGUCUAAACAGCUAUGGGGCAAUGAAAGUACUAGUGGUGUCAAUGAUAAGAAAGAGAGGAUGCUUUUGUCUGGGAUGGCUGGUUCGGAGGAGUUUGUAAUCAAACAGGGUUUAGAUAUGAUUGGAGGAGCCAAAAAAGCGGAAUUGGAGGAAAGGUGGAAGAAACUGCAGAUUGCUCAGUUGCAGUUGUUUGUGGAGCGGACUGAUCUGAUUAAGGAGCAGACUGAAUUGAUUUUGGAGGCCAUGCAGUUGCAGUCGUUUGUGGAGCAGAAUAAUUUGAUUAAGUAGAAUGCUGAGUUGAUUUUGGAGGCCAUGAAUCAUCCGAUUCAAACCCUGAUGAUCCUCUUGUCCCUGAAAUUGCCCUCAUGUACAAGACUGACAAGACCACGUAUGAGGCCAUGGCUC